UCACAGGAACAGUCACUUCACUAGAAGCCGAAGCACAUUGCAGUUGGCCAGUGUCGGAAGAUUUUUGAGAGUUUUUUCCUCUUUGGUAGAUAUCUGAGGGUAUACAAGUAUACAAACGCCUUUACUGGAUAUUUUAUUUUGAGAUUGUUACAAUGUCCAGAGUUACCAAUCUAUCGAAGCUGCGACAAGAGAGAAUGAGGGAGAUCAACCUGCGGAAUAAAGAGAGAGAACACAUGAGGGAACGAGAAAAGGCAGCAAGGGAGAGGGAGGCACGUUACAGCAAUGGUCACCUCUUUGUGUCAUUGACUGUGUCAGGAACCACACUCUGUACAGGCUGCAACAAGAGUAUAACUGCCAAGGAGGCGCUCAGCUGCCCUACAUGCAAUGUUACUAUCCACAACCGCUGUCGAGACACUUUGCCAAACUGCGCCAAAAUGAAACAGAGGCAGCAGAAGGUAGCCCUAAUGCGGAAUAACUCAUCUGUACAGAAUGUCACGCUCCGCACAAAGACUCCAGGAAUGCGUGAACGUCCAAAAUCAGCUAUCAAUCCUUCUGACAGCUUCCGACAGUCCCUGCUUGGAUCCCGCCGUGGACGCUCCAGUCUUUGCCUGUCCAAGAGUGUCUCCACCAACAACAUUGCAGGGACCUUGAAUGACGACUCUCCCCUCGGGCUGCGCAGGAUCCUUUCCCAGUCUACAGACUCCCUCAGCUUCAGGACCAGAGCUAUGUCAGUGGAGUCGCUCAAUGAUGACGGAGAUAUCUACUAUACUGCAGUAUUGGAGGAUCUGGAAGUGGAGGGUCAGGACUUUAAAGCUGACUCAUGGAGCAUGGCUGUGGACACCAGCUAUUUGCAGACACACCGCAAAAACAUUAUCAAGAGGCAGGAUGUCAUCUAUGAGCUGAUUCAGACAGAGCUGCACCACAUGCGAACGCUGCAUAUCAUGGAGAGGGUGUUCCGGCAAGGCAUGCUGGAGGAGCUUCAGCUGGACCUGUGCACCGUGUAUGCCAUGUUCCCCUGCCUGGACCAGUUGACCAGGAUACACUCCCAUUUCCUGUCUCAGCUUCUUCUGCGGCGCAACAGCAGCCUGCAAUCUGGAUCCAGCCGCAACUUCACAAUUCACCAGCUUGGGGACAUACUACUAGAGCAGUUUUCAGGCCAGUUUGCGGAUGAGAUGCGGAAGACCUACGCUGAGUUCUGUAGCCGCCACUUGAAGGCUGUCAAAUUGUACAAGGAACUGCUGGCCAGAGACAAGAAGUUACAGUGCUUCAUACGGCGGAUGAGUCGUGGACCCCUGCUACGUUGCCAUGGUGUUCAGGAGUGCAUCUUGUUGGUCACUCAGCGGAUCUCCAAGUAUCCUGUUCUUGUUCAGCGUAUUCUGGAUAAUACCACUGAAGAUGAAGAAGAAGCCUCCUCUCUGGCCCAGGCUCUCGCCAUGGUCAGACAACUUCUUUGUUCGAUAGACCAACAGAUGGAAGAUCUGGAGAAAACACAGUGUCUGCAAGAGAUCCAGGCCAAGCUGGACCCACGAGCCGUGACAAAAGUAAGAGAUGGUGGACUUUUCAAAACUGGAGAGUUGUUCCGCCGGAGACUUGUUCAUAAUGGGACCCUUUUUUGGAAAAUCCCAGGAUCCCGACUCAAAGAUACACAGGUCUUAUUGAUGACAGACAUCCUAGUGUUUCUGCAGGAGAAAGACCAGAGAUACAUCUUUCCAUGUCUGGACAAAUCUCCAGUACUUUCCCUUCAGAACCUUAUAGUGAGGGAUAUAGCAAAUCAGGAGCGGGGCAUGUUCCUCAUCAGUGACUCUUCUCCUCCUGAGAUGUAUGAGUUCCAUGCUGCCUCCAAGGAAGACAAGAACGUCUGGAUGCGCCACAUCCAGCGCACCGUCAGCAAGUGCCCGUCACGAGAGGAGUUCCCCCUCAUAGAGACUGAACAGAAAGCCCAUCUCAGGAGCCUCAAAUCUGACCUGCAGCAAAAGGAUAGAGAAAUGCUGGAGCUCCUGCAGGAGAGGGUGACUCUAUUCUGUGAGCUGGCAGAGGUGACAAGUGGUGAGGAGGCCCUUCAACCUCCCAUCACUCGCUACUUUUUCAGGGCAGACACACCCCAAGCGCCCCGUGCUGAGAAACUCCUACUGGAUGCCACAGCUGAGGUUGACAGGUUGAGUGAGCUCCUUCUGGGAUCCACGGUGGACAUCCCUCUUCCACGCCAUCACAACCCCAUGGAGGUGCAGGACACCAGUGAUCAGGACUUGUUGGUCAACGGAGCCAAUGAAUUCUCAGCAUCAAAGAGGAUCUAUCAGAGGCUUGUGAAUCUCAGUGUUUACCUCCACGCACUCCAGGGUGCUGUCAUCAAACAAGACUCCAUUUUGGAGCUGUUACUGCAGCCACAGAAUUACGGGGCACCAGCUGCAGGAGCACAAUGGCGCUCUCUCUGGCGAGAUGGUGUGAAUCGGGAGGCCAAUGCAGCAUCAAGCAUCGGGGAGCUGGCUCUUUUACAGAGACAACACAGCCUGCUGCAGGAGGAGCUUCUGAGGCUGCGGGAUGCUGAGAGCCGGUUCAAGGAUAGUGAGAGGGCUCGGGCAAAGCUGGAGAGGCAUGUUCGACACAUGAAGGUCUGCAGCGGGGCUGCACCUGCCUCCCAGCAGCUAGGGGAACAGGCUGUUCAAGUCUUAACCGGAGCCGACGCCAUGUGGGCCAGCCAUGACCCUUCCCACCAAUCCGAUGUCCUCCAAGACUGCAUAGAUUUGGAGGUAGACAUGACGUCCGAUGAUGAUGAUGGGACGGAAUCUGAAAGCUCCAAGGACCUUCAAGAUAUUCCAGAGGAGCUCUGAUUCAGGCCGUGUGUCACAGUGCUAAUGAGCACGAAACCCUGGCUGACUAUGAAUCAGUUGAUUCCAACUUUGUGCAUGUCUAUCAUUUUGGCAAAUCUUCAUUUUUAUUUAGCAGCUUUUCUUUUCAGGAUAUGGCUUGUGACUUGGCUUGUGUUUUUUGGUUAGUCCAACUCGAUCUCAUCCCCGUGUAGACAAUGUGUUGCGAUAAUUCAGCAGCCUUAACAUUAAAGGGAUGAUGCCCCCCUACGUAGAUUAUUUCAUGAUCAUUUCAAGAGUUCAUAUUAGUUGUAGUUGUCAAAUUUCACAAUGACCGUGAAAUUCUGUCUCAUGUGUUAUUAUAUACUGAAUGCAAAAAAAACUACAGAGCAAAAUCACACUCUUUCUGAUCUUUGAACUGUCUGAAACCAUGUUAUGGAUAUUUGUGGCCCCAAAAAAGCCCCCCCAGAAAAUUGUCACGCAUGCAGAUAUAAUUGUUACAACAUAUGUUGUCCAUCAUCGAAACCAACGCCUUACCUAAAAGUAAAUAUGCUAAUACCCACAUACGUUCUCUAUGGCAGGGGUCUUCAACGUUUCGCAGGCCAAGGACCCCCAAACUAAUGGCCAGAUUCGUGGAGCAGGGACCCCCUAUUCUACAGAGUUCUGUCCGCCAUCUUUUAACAAGAGAGCAAAGCUCAAAAAUAAUGUGUAUUUAAAGACAAUAAAUACAAUUCAGAUUCUGAAAACAUUUCAAUUUGUGGGAAAAAAAUGGUUGAAAAAAAAAUAAAACCAUAAUAAAAAUACAAAAAAAUUAUCAACUAAAAAUGUGGCGACCCCCCUGCAGUUCCUCCGCAGACCCCCUGGGGGUCGCGGCCGCCCUGUUGAAGACCUCUGCUCUAUGGUUCACCUCACUAACUACGUGAACAUUAACACAGCUAUGGAUUGAGGUUUAUCAGAGCACGCUUCAAUACUGUCAGAGGAUUAUUUUAAAUACAUUUGUAAGUAAAACGUAUCCAAAUGUAUGUUGACAGCAUUUCACACAGCGUUAUGUCUGCAGAGGUGUCAGUCAU